UUUACUCCUGUAGAGUGGUAGGUUUCCCACUGAAAUUCCUGCUCCACUGUCCAUCCCAAACAUGUUUUUGUAACGAGGACAGUCUGGAUGACUGCCCAUACUCAGGCUUUGUGGGAUUUAUUUUAAAUGAGUGAUAUGCUUCCCAGGGGAUGGAAAACUCUAUAAAUGGGAAUUAUGUUCUUAAUCAUAAAUUUUAUGGGGAAAACUGACCCUAAAACUUGGGGUGUCUGUAAUUCUAUGCCCAGUAAAGCAUCAGUCUGGAGGUUUGUAAACCCUAGGAGCACAUGUUGGUUUUUGCUUGAGCCCCAAAGGCUAAAAAACUUAGAAAGUCUUAGUCCAGAAACUUGUGGUGGUACCCAGUACUAUAAAUGCUAGUGGUUUAGUAUGGUUAAAUUUACUGUAUUAGUUCUACAAUGAAACGGUAAUGAGCAGUAGCAUGUUUUGUCAAUGACGUGUGUGCUGGUUUUGUUGGGUGGGAUGUUUGCUUUCUAGGAAAUAGCAUUGCAUUGAAACAUCAGAGAACUUUCCAAGCGCUCUCUUGAAGAACACAAACCUUGCUGUGCUAAACAGCCAUUCCAGUUUUUAAGUUGUGUCCUUGAGCGAGGCCUCCUAUUGGGUUUGGAUUGUGUUGCAUACUCCUGGCUCAGAGGGAAAACGUGUUUUUCUAAGAUUAGGACUCAGCAUCAAAGCAUCAAAAGGAAUUUCGUCCAGUGCAUUUGCAUGAUUGUCCUUUCCCACUAAGUUUCUGUAUUAGGCGGUUCACUUUGCUGUGUGAGAUACCAAAAGAUAUCAAAAGGUUUUCCAGAAAAGUCACCUUAGCGAGAACCUCUGCUUUCUAAACCAUGGCGCUGCCAGGUUGACAGAGGAAGGGACCAGCAAUAUAGUUGUAAUACCGCACCCUGGAAGAACCUUUGGGACUUACUGUUCAACCUGCUGUCCUGUCCGUCCUUCUUCAGAGGAAACUUUCCUCGCUGGCCCUCUUGCCACAAUUAUAACCCCACUCCAGAUGCGGGCCUUCCGUAGCUGACCGUGAUGGUUCAGUCCCUUUAUGAAAUGCUUUAUUCUGGCUUGUGUGUUGUCACUGUGAUGAGAGGAUCAGUAGCCCUGAGUCACAUUUACUUUUCCCUAUCUUGUGUUCACUGGAUGCUCGACAGUACUGUGGGAAUUCUUUGAAUGGUGUCUUUGUGUUUUGGCAAUACCUAGGUGGAUCUGUCAAGGACUCAGCCAACCAGGAGAGGGAGGGGAGGGGCUGAGCUGUGAGGAGUGGGCCCAAGAACCAUGUCUACGCGGGAGUCCUUUAACCCGGAGAGUUAUGAGUUGGACAAGAGCUUCCGGCUAACCAGAUUCACCGAGCUGAAGGGCACAGGCUGCAAGGUGCCCCAAGAUGUCCUGCAGAAAUUGCUGGAACCCUUGCAAGAGAACCACUUCCAAGAAGAUGAGCAGUUUCUGGGAGCCGUUAUGCCAAGGCUUGGCAUUGGAAUGGAUACUUGCGUCAUUCCUCUGAGGCACGGUGGUCUUUCCUUGGUUCAAACCACGGAUUACAUUUAUCCUAUCGUGGACGACCCCUACAUGAUGGGCAGGAUAGCAUGUGCCAAUGUCCUCAGUGACCUCUACGCGAUGGGGGUCACAGAAUGUGACAAUAUGCUGAUGCUCCUCGGAGUCAGUAAUAAAAUGACCGAUAGGGAAAGAGAUAAAGUGAUGCCCCUGAUUAUACAGGGUUUUAAAGACGCAGCAGAGGAAGCAGGGACAUCUGUAACAGGUGGCCAAACAGUAUUGAACCCCUGGAUUGUUCUGGGAGGAGUUGCUACAACUGUCUGCCAGCCAAAUGAAUUUAUCAUGCCAGAUAAUGCAGUGCCAGGGGACGUGCUGGUGUUGACGAAACCCCUGGGGACACAAGUCGCUGUCGCUGUGCACCAGUGGCUGGAUAUUCCUGAAAAAUGGAAUAAAAUUAAACUAGUGGUCACCCAAGAAGAUGUGGAGUUGGCCUACCAAGAAGCGAUGAUGAACAUGGCGAGACUCAACAGGACAGCCGCAGGACUCAUGCACACGUUCAACGCCCAUGCGGCCACCGACAUCACAGGCUUUGGGAUCCUGGGCCACGCGCAGAACCUGGCCAAGCAGCAGAGGAACGAGGUGUCGUUCGUGAUUCACAACCUUCCCGUGCUGGCCAAGAUGGCUGCGGUGAGCAAGGCCUGCGGAAACAUGUUCGGCCUCAUGCACGGGACCUGCCCAGAGACGUCAGGAGGCCUUCUGAUCUGUUUACCACGAGAGCAAGCAGCUCGGUUCUGUGCAGAGAUAAAGUCCCCCAAGUACGGCGAAGGUCACCAAGCAUGGAUUAUUGGGAUUGUAGAGAAGGGCAACCGCACAGCCAGGAUCAUAGACAAACCCCGGAUCAUCGAAGUCGCACCACAAGUGGCCACUCAAAAUGCACCAAAACUGCGCGUGUAGACCGAUGCACUUCUUGCGGAAGGAAACCACCGCUGGAAAGAUGCAGCUCCCCGGCAGAGGCUUUGGCAUGGAUGCCCCUCCUCCCUCAGGACCCAGCGGGCAGCCUUCAUGCGUGUGCAGCUGGAACUCGGGCCGCCAGCAUGGUGUGCAGUACAGAAGAGGCCGCUGCAGAACUGAAACUGAUUGGACGUUUUAUAGGAGUUUAUACAGAUGUUGGUCCUCAAACGCUACAAACCAGUGGUCUGCAAAAUAAAACGUGUUGGAAACCUCU